AUGAGUGAAUCAAUUGAUAACUCAACAUCUACAACUACAACGACAACAAAUAGUCAGCCUUCUCAGGAUGUCUCUAAUAAAGCCAAAGAUCUUGGUGCCGCACUUCACGAUUUCUCUGUCUACUAUGGUACACCUCAGGAUGCUGUGAGUGCUAGUUUACGACCAUUAGGAGAUCCAUCAGCUACAGAUUUAACCGAAGGAGCUUUCAAAAAAAUCAAAUCUGAAAAUGUGGGGAAUGUUUUCUCGAACAGUCUUGCAGGCGUACCAAACACUCCUGCCAGUUGUAGGAGACGUCAUCGAACUACUUUCACUCAGGAACAAUUAGCAGAACUUGAUAACGCCUUCCAAAAAAGCCAUUAUCCGGAUAUUUAUGUUCGAGAAGAAUUAGCUAGAAUCACUAAAUUGAACGAAGCUCGAAUUCAAGUGUGGUUUCAAAACCGUCGGGCCAAACACCGCAAGCAAGAGAAGCAACUCAAUAAGGCUCUAAAUCCUCACCAGAGCUUGUUCUCUGCAACUCCAGCUGGAAAUAUUAUGAGACAAGGCAUGUAUCCUUCUCUUCCUACUAAUAGAGACACAUUUUCCUGGUAUCCAACUUAUCCGCGCCAGAUGCCAUAUCCAACAGCCACACCACCAUACUCGGCCAAUUCAUUUACCUCACCUAUUACUAACUUCAGCUCGUCAAUAACACAAUUCGCUGGAGCCGAUGACGAUUUUUACCAAAAAUCUUUAGCCCUGAGGAUGAGCUGCCAACAAACUGCUAACAUUUCAAAUUUGAAUUAUAACCAACAAAGUUAA